AUGGCCAAACUCUGGUUUAUACGUUUUGUUCUUCUGAGUAUAAUGACACUGCAAACGGAUGCCAUCGAGACAGUAAAUGUGGUGGAUUUCUGUGGCCAGACAGUACAGGGGGAUGGCAUGAUCGUCCGGUCCCACCAGGAGUCGCGCAGGUACUACUUUGUCAGCAUGGGUACCGACUGUCACUUGACCAUCCAGGCAGCCACGCCGCGCGACAAGGUGCAGUUCCAGUUCCGCUUCUUCCUGGUGUACAGCCUGCUCCGUGUGUCACCCUUCAGCCCCAUCCCCUUCGUCCCAGAGUCGGCCCGGGGUCCUGCGCAUUCGGGUUCGGCACGGCCUGACCAGCGCACUGAGCCUACCCCAGACGAUGACCAAGGGGAUCCGUGUCACACCGGCUCUUACAUCCAGUUCUACGAUGGGCAGCAUAAGAUGGCGCCCCCGAUUGGGCCUCCACUUUGUGGAAAGAGCCUGCCACGCCCAGUCCUGUCCACUGGAAACUCCCUGACUCUGCGACUGGUGACCAGGGGGACUCAACCACGCGUGGAUUUUGUUGGGGACUUCACCUCAUUCAGGCUGGGGUUUAAUCAGUCUGAAUGCAGCAGUGAGCCCUACUUCACCUGCCAAAAUGGAAAAUGCAUCCCAAUGAGCCUGGUGUGCAACGACGACAAGGGAAUCGACAACUGUGGAGAUGGCACCGACUUGCAGGAUUACCCAGGAUGCACCAGUUUGUUGUCCACAGCUAGCACCCGCCAGCCGUAUGUAACUCCUCCUGCCGUGUCGAAUGUCGCCACCAUGAGAACGUCGACUCUGGAGAAGUGCAGUGGCCCAAACCUCAUCCCUGGCAUUGAUUCUGUCUCCGAUUCUCCUCCGUACGUGUCUCUGCUGGCGCUCUACGUGGUUCUGGGAGUUCUGGCUGGUUCAGUGGUCAUGUGCUGGUGCUGCUGGUCUCCUGGCUGGUUCCUCUGGAGAGUGAGUGUGUGUCGUUUCCUGCCGUGCUGCAACUCCUGCUGUGCCUCAUGCCAGCUGUGUAGCCGGAGCUGCUUGCAGAACAAAGAGCACAGGCUGGCCAAGGUCACACCGCAGCAAGCGUCCACGCCCGGAGCCUCUACCACCACCGUGGCCGUGUAGAGUCUGCGCAGGAGGACUCACUCAGGAAGACACCGUGGUGGUUCAUCAUGACUUGUGCUCAGAGAUGUGUUUGUGUGGUUUUGGAGUGGGGCAAAUAUUUCAUUUUCUGUCUGCUGCUUUUAUAUGAAAUCAUGUUGUCAUGUUGUAAAGACGUAAGAUUUGUGCAGGUUCAUGUAUCGCUCAUUGGAUUUUGUGAAGAAGAUGACAUCGGGAUUAUCCCAGUGAUCCCAGGCAACUCUGUGAUCAUUGAAACAGAAAAUGGACCUUGAAGAGAUAUUCACGUUUCCCGUAAGGACCAAGUCUGGACUGGUUCUGUUUUCAAAACGACAGUCCAAACAGCGUCACUGUUCUCAGAGCUAUUGUUGGAGAUGCUUACAUAACAGCGAUGAGUCUCGGUGUCAGCUUGGCACGUUGCUCUGUUGUGAUGAGGUGCAUUUUUCCUCAUGACUGUUGCUCAGUUACUGAGCUCGGUCCUGUUCUCCUCGAGAUCAUGUCCACAAGCGUGCACUCUGCUCUUAGAUGGCUCUGUAACAAAACCACACCAAAACAACAGCA